AUUUAUUUUAAAAAAUCUCCUCGCAUUUCAAUAUAACUUAUAACAAAUUACCAAAUAAAAAGACGUGCCUUAUUUCGGAGUCACAAGUGGUCGCUGUCGCUCACAAAUUUCGUGUUUUGGGAUUGGUGUGAUCGGCUUCACGUUAUCAACUUCAUUUUCAAAAGAAAUACCAAGAGGGAUGGUGUUGGGUGCGACUUAUCGACAGCAACAUUAUAAAAGCGCUCAUUCAAACUAAACUUUCACAUCAAAGUUUGUCCCAAUGACGACACCAAAAAAGAGAAAGAAAUCGAACAGUUCAGAUACAACCGAUCAACGUGGAAGCUCAUCCGGUAUUCAUUGCGGCAUUCGUGGCAAUGAGUACCAAAUCUUUAUGACAAUGUACAUUCUUUUGCGAGCCCACAACAAGUAUCCACUGUACGAUUUUCGGCUUAUGAUGGAACGGUCCGAAUCGGAUGCUGGCAAAUUUGACGACAUUUGGCUCAAGGUGGGAAGUGAACAAAUGUUCAUUCAGGCCAAGCAUAAUUCUGUACAAAAAAGUCUAACAAAAAGUAUGGUUCUGUUGGAAGGAGAUAGCGAUCCUUUUUCUCUUUCAAAGUAUCAAAAAUCUCACGGAAAAUUUAUCAACCCAUUGCACAAAAAACGAGUAAAAAACUGUUGGUGUAUCUUGAUGACUAAUUUACCCCUGAACAAAGAUCUUCAGGACAGCUUUCAGGAUUUAAAUGAUAGACAUAUGCCAUACCAUAUCAUAGGCGUUGGAAAAUUGCUCAAAUUAAAAACAAAACAGAUAGAAAAAGACCCCAAAAAAUUCGAAGCAUCUGAUGCAUUUUACGAGGAUUUUUUGCUCUCUGCAGGAAAAGGAACCGAUUCUAGCAAUACCAAUGAUACUGGUAAAACUCGUUUACGUGAUCUGCAAAAAAAGAUUGAGGAUGAAAUCGAAAGACUAAUGUGCGAGGAUGGCGAGUAUGCUUUUCAUAGACUCAGGGUUAAACUAGUCAAAUGGGUUUGCGAUAAGGAAAAGAGACAAAAUAAAGAAUAUAUAAACAGGAAAUGGGUUAAAGAUUUUAUUAAAACAAUUAAAUCUGAUUACCAGAGGAUUGUAAAUGCCUACUAUCAGGAAUUCACAGCUCGGUUGGAGUUUUAUGAACAUGUAAAUGUGAAUGAUAGCAAAGUUAAUGCUCUCAAAAAGUGGUUAGUAGAAAAAAAUAAAAUCAACAUCAUCCUAUCAUUCAAAGAGUCUCCUAUAAUGCGUAUGAAGCAAGCUUAUCAAAGCGCCCACAAUAAAAUGUUAACGUUUGUAUUGUUCAGUCGAAUGCAAAGCGACACCAUAAGAACUAAAAUGAAACGUGCACUGAAACAGGAAAAAAUGCAAAAUUAUGUUUUGAUACUUCUUGAUGAUUGCGGAAAUGCUACAAACACAUUUAAAUUAGUUGAGGAACUAAAAGAAGACUGCGAAAAUAUAAUCAUUAUAUCAGAGGUGGCACAUGAACUAGCGAAUGAGUAUCGCGCGAAAAAUGUUUUAUUUAAAUUAGACUCUGGUGAAAUUACAAUGGCAGAUUUAUCAGAAGAAAGCAUAGAUAAAUUGAUAAAAGAGCCUGUUUCGUUUCAAGGUUGCACAAUCCCAAUUGAAUUAUUACCGAACCUAGCUGGAUUCCAAUCCAAUUUAGCGGGAUCACGCUUGGAAGCCCUCAUUGAUCGUUAUCCCAUAGAAAUUGGCAUUGGUUUACCUUGUGUUGAAGCGCGUUGUUCACAUUAUGUGCCAAGAAGUCUGUGGAUGUCUAGAAUGUUUUUUAAUACCAAACAAAUGGAACAAAACUCCGAAAUUCGUUUUGUGGAAAGCGCAGAAGAUAUUGAUGCAAGUAGCAAUGUACAUUACAUCAUUUUAAUAAGUGAGGAAGAUGAUUUAGAAUCAAUUGAAGAGCCAAUCGCAAAACCAAAAUAUUUUAGUGUUUUCAUGCAACUUAGUGAAGAUUACUGCUAUUUCAAAAAAUCACUUGGAAGGGAAAAAGUUUUUGGAAAAGAAGUUUUUAAACACAAGGCUAAAUGGUGUGCUAGGAUAAAAGAUGUUAAAGAAGAAGAUUUCCAUAAAUUAAUUGAAGAUUUUCCCAAAAAGGUAAUCAUAUUGGCAGGUGACAUUGGUACGGGCAAAAGUACUACCCUUCUUAAACUGGCAAAUAUUCAAAAGAACAAUCAUCCUUCUACCUGGAUUGUUUAUGUUGAUUUAAACACUGAAACUGCCAGAUACAAGGAAUUCGCAAAUGAUGCCUUAAUAACCAAGGAUUUUGCUGUGAAAUUACUUAGCGAGCUCAUUGCAGUGAAACAGGACAGACCGUACUUCGAAGCUUGCAUGAACAAAGAUGCUCAAAAUGUGGUGAUUUAUUUGGAUGCAUUCGAUGAGGCUUGUCCUACGUACAAAGCUGGAGUGCUAAAAUGUAUUGAUGUACUGGUCGCUUUAGGCGUUCAACGUGUUUACGUGAGCACGCGGUCACAAUAUGAGCAGGAACUUGAAAGGCACUUUUCAACGGCUAGCUAUCGACUCACCUUUUUGACAAAGAAAGAGUGUGUUGAAAUGAUAGAAUCAUUGUGGAGUGCCCAGGAAAAAACAGCUAAACAGGCCAAAGCCAUAGUUGAAGAAAUGGAUCUUAAGCUGAAGGACAUCAUGCAAGGAGUACCUUUGGUGUUACAAAUGUUGUCGAAAAUUUCACCCCAUCAAGUGGACAGAUUUUUGUCCGACAGCUUCACACUUUACGAUUUGUUUGAAGUUUUUAUGGACAACAUUCUGAAGAGAUAUUUCACAGAAAAAUCCAAAAUGAACUUGGGGCAGAACUACAUCCGAAGCAGAGAUAUACCGAAACUGCAACAAAGUUAUUGUCGCGAUUUUCACCUAAUUGCCGUAAAAGGACUCUAUUCUAACGAGCAUGUUGGUCGAUUUUUCGCUAAAAACGAUCGUGAUGAUUGGGAGGAGCUGUCACGGGAUUCUUUAGGUGAUUUAACAUGCAGUGAGAUUAUAGUUGGAUCACGUUUUGUUCAUCAAUCCUACGCAGAAUAUUACGCUGCAGUGUUUAUGUACACUAAAUUUAUUCGAGCCGAAAGUAUGCAUGAAUUUUGGGAAAAUUUUAGUCCAGCGUUGGUUACGGACGGGCUGGUCAGUACGUUUUUCUAUCAAAAGAUGGAAUCAAAUAAUAACGAAGGCGUUAAUUUGAAAAUGAAACAGAUUCUGGCUAUAAUUACAGCGGUUCCCUUAAGGUACAAAUGCAGCCGGAAUUAUUCCAUGUUUUUGAAAUAUCUGCUGCAAAAUGAAAUGCUUAAUCAUGUUAUCAAAAUUUUAACAAGGAUUUGGAUAAAAUGUGACCCUAACAGGGCAAUACAAGCCGCAGUUCAGUUUAAACAGAUUUCACUUGUGAAAGAUAUUAUUCAGAAGCAACCGUCACUAAAGAACAGUAUCAAUGCUAGCGGCCAAACACUGCUACACGUGGCCGCUGAAGCUGGAUCUAUUGAAAUUGCUCGAGAACUUGAAGGUGAAGCCGGGAGUCUAAGCCUAACAAAACUUGACACUAAUGGAUAUGAUCCCAUCAUGGUGGCAUAUAGGAGCAAACAAUUUGAAAUGAGGUCAUACUUUUUGAAUAAUUUCACAGCAGUUUCUCUUGACAGUUACAAAAGAACCGAAGCUCGUAACAUGCUUUUGCUGCUGCUCCUAUAUUUGCCUAACCUUAUCAAUGCAUCAAUACAGAUUUUGGAAAAGAAUGAUUAUAGCAUUCUUAUAAAAAUAGCAAACGACUAUAUUUUAAUUACCACUGAUUAUGAAGCGUUGAAAGACUAUAUUAUUUCCAUAAAGAAAAAGUAUGGCACAAGCUUCGAUGAAAUAACAAAUCAUCAAGAAACAGAAAGCAUAAAAACAUUUCUGCAAGAAAUUUACCCUGAUCCGGAUCCAAAAAAGCUAACAGUAACCGAGAAUGCAUAUCAAUGGAAUGAUAUUGAGAUUUACAACGAUUUGGUUUUUAGUAUCAACAGAAAAUUAAAGAUAUUUUGCGUUGGAUACACGCAAGUAGAAUUUAAUUCCCUGGUUUACAAACAACUUAGUGCAAAAACGUUGUUCAGAGAUCCCCUUUAUGUGCUCGUCAGAUUGCAAUACAAGUUUGUUGAUUUUUUCAAAGGAAUCGAAAUUCAUGGAUCCUCAGUAGAAACAGUUAUUUCACAGUUGCACCAAGAAGCACUUGAGCUGCAUUCCGCAGAAGCUGGACUGAAGUACAAUAAAUUUCAAUUUAAGGAACCAAUUCCGAAUUUAACCAAUUUUGAACAGUACCUCAAAAGUGGACAAAAAGGCACAUAUUUUGCUGUGUAUGAUGCUAUAGAAUCAGCUCGAAUAUGCCAAUAUCUAAAACUUGGGAAUGGUACUGUUUACCACGUUCCUGGUUGGAUGUUGAAAAACGUGCAAAUUCGUACCAAAAUUGACGAAAUCAUCGAACAAAAUAAGGUGGAGUUGGUUUUAAUUCAUAAUUUGGAUUGUAAUACCAUCGGUUCAGAUGAGUGUGAAAAUUGCAAAUUUAUUUUGCAAAAUUGCCAAAGCAUUUCACAAAAAUGUAAACUGGUUGUUUCACUGAAACACCCAUUACCAAAAUCUAUUCCAGCAGUUGAAAUGGACCUUACAAGCGAAUCUAUAAAUAUGAUUGAAAAUUACGUAAUUUCAUAUGGAAGCAACUAUAUAAAUUUUCAUGAAUUACAUGAAGAUAUUCGCAAAUACUGUAUUACAAACGGAGCAUUAGAAUACAUUGCGUUGAACGAACCAAUUUGCGUUGGUCAGAAGCAUCCGUUUUAUUUUAUACCUUGGAUGCAUCGAAUAACACAAUUAAACUACACUAUUCCACUAGCGGACACAUUUUACGGUUCGCUUGAUAAGCUACUUGAGCACAAGUUUGCUAUUGUUUCGAAAAACAAAAAAAUGGUAAUUCCUACAUGUAAAAAAUGUGCCGAUGAAACGGACCUUUUCGCAUCUCCGAUACACAUGCUUGCUUGUGAGGCAAGUUGGCGAAAUAAAACUACUUUAGUGUUGCAUGCCGAUGUGAUUAGCCUGUCACAGAUUCAUAAUUCUCUCCCGAACGAUACCAAUCCACAAUUAAAGAAAUUAAAACGUCUACUUGAGAAAUGGUACCGCUCAGAAGAGGACGAUCCUCUGAACUGUAGCAUUGUAGAAUUAUACCUUCGACAGUCUCCAAAAAAUGUUGUUUUGAUGAUCGAUGCAGAACUUGACGCUGACCUGGAGGAAAAUCACAUCGAUUUGCUGAAGAUGUUUUAUACAGCUUCACCCAUUCGGUCCGUCGUGGUGUACGUAGAUACAAAUGAUAAAAUUAAGCAGUUGGAGCAUGCAACUUCUGCCGACCAAUCCUUCAAACUUUAUCGCUUGAAAGAAGAAUACGAUAAAAUACCUUCGAUUCCGAAACUAUUUCCGCCCGAAGCUCGCGUUUGUGAACAUUUUAGACAGCAUCCGUUUGAAAUAAAAGAAUAUUUCGUGUGAGCAUUCGAGUAUGGAUUUCAAAAACUUGUAUGGUAGAAAGCAGUGCAUGAACAACAGAAGGAAGAAAAAAAAAGCUUAAUAACAAUUUUAUUUGAAUAAAGCAAAGCAUGUCAUAUUAA